UCUUUAAGGGAUAUGUUAAAAAUGGCAAAAACUGCUUCUUCCAAUGAUGAUCGAUCUGUUGGACCUGGAGAUGGAGACCGUGCUGCUAAUCUUUCUCGCACAUUCAAGUAUUUAUUGGCCACACAGUUUUUGUCUCGGGGAAUUCCGUUCAUCUUCAAUUCAUGGAUUGUCAGGCAUUUAACUGAGGAAGAUUAUGCGCUGUAUGCUGUGCAGUUUCAUCUAUUCGUCACCUGUGUCUUGUUCCUUAGUCGCGAGGGUUUCCGGAGAGCAUGCAUGAGGGCAGACAUUAGAUGCGAAGGUCCUUUGACUGUUGAAAAUGUAUCAAAGCUUUUGAAGUUAGCGUGGAUCACUCUCCCUUGGGGAGUGCUUAUUACAAUUACUGGAUGUGUAUUUGUCUUCUGGACGCAAGCUUUAAGUUUUUCAAGCUCAUAUGGACAAGCCAUCUUAAUUAAUGCCUUUGCUUGUAUUUUGGAGCUGUUGGCAGAACCAUUGUAUAUACUUUCACAGAAUUUGCUUCUUCUCAAACUCCGAUUGGUGGUCGAAACUGCAGCAACUCUUUUGCGAUGCAUAACAGUUUAUGUCUUUAUUGUCAUGCAACUUGACACGGAGAGAGCCAUCGUAUUUGCAUUAUCUCAAACUGCAUAUGGAGGUUGCAUUUUCUUGUGUUAUUGGGGUUAUUUUCUACUUCUGCAUGGAUAUAGAAUUUCUGUUCUCUUUCCUUUCAGGGUAGGUAGCUAUGAUAAGCAGCUCUCGAAAAUGUCUACAUUAUUCACCCUUCAGUCGUUCCAAAAGUUGAUUCUUCAAGAAGGAGAAAAGAUGGUCCUUGUGUGGUUUGAUACACCAUAUAACCAAGCUGUAUAUGGGCUCGUAGACAAAUUAGGUAGCUUGGUUGUGAGGUUGGUGUUGCUUCCUUUCGAAGAAAGUUCAUAUACAACAUUUGCAAGGUCUGCAUCAGGAGAAGGCAUGCAGAAAAGCAGAAAAUUACAGACUUCUCUAAGAGAUGCUUUAAAGCUUGUUAUGUUAAUUGGAUUGGUGUUUAUGGCAUUUGGCCCCAGCUAUUCUUACUCUCUCAUCAGAUUGUUAUAUGGUCGCAAAUGGAGUGAUGGAGAAGCCUCUGUGGCUCUUCGAUAUUACUGUUUGUAUGUCGUUGUUCUGGCUGUGAAUGGAACAUCUGAAGCCUUCUUGCAUGCAGUCGCAACAGAGGAUCAACUCAAGCGUUCAAACAAUUCCUUGGUCUUGUUUUCAUUUGUUUACAUAGUGCUUAACAUCCUGCUCAUUCGGUCAGCUGGUGCAGUUGGAUUGAUUUUUGCAAAUGCUCUGAAUAUGGUUUUUCGUAUAAUUUACUCUGCCAUAUUUAUCAGAAACUACUUUCAGCAGGAUUCUUCUUCAUUUUCCUUCCAUAGCUGCUUACCUGCUGGUUGGACGAUUUUGUUGUUUUCAAGUAUAGCCACUCUUGUUUCUGAGAAAUUGAUUCUGGACCCUGAUAACUUCUGGCCAACAUUUUGCAUUCACUUUUCCAUUGGGUUGAGUUGCUUCUCCCUUGCAUCUUUUGUAAUUUACCGCCAGGAGAGAUCUUUCAUCAACAAGGUUGUCCGUUUCCGUGAACAUUCUGACUGAAACAAAGUGUUUGUGAAAGAAGGCAAACAAGAGCAUGAAGAAAGGAGCUUGUAGGAAGGCUCACUGCAUGCCAUCUUUCAUUUUAGGUAUCUGAGAAGAACUAACAUAUUGUAUUGCUAGUCAAAUAGAGACAUGCUUCAGGAUACCCUUGAAUGACUUACACACCAUGGGUAUAAAAUUAUAUAUGGUUUCAAUUAUUUGAUAAUUUUUACAACCAAAUAGCCACAAUACAUUUUUAUUAGCCAAAUCAUUUGUCGUUGUUUU